UUUGACAUUAGUUUAUUGAUUGUAGCUGUUUAAAAUGGUUGGCAGAAUUUGUAUGAUAUGGGAGCUAGGAAAUUUGGAAUAAUUCCAUCAGGAUUACUCGGCUGCUGUCCUUACUCCCGGGCUCUGAACAAAAGUUCAGGAGGUUGUAUGAAGGAAAUGAAUCAAUUUUCUAAAGCCUUCUACACCACUGUUAAUUCUAUCUUCCGCAAUAUGAGCUCACAAUUUCCAGAUUUUCACUAUUCUCUCGCAAAUAUUUAUUCGAUGACCAGAUCCGUCCUCAAGAAUUAUCGACUUCUUGGUUUCAAUGAGACAAAGAAAGCUUGUUGCGGAUCAGGAUAUGAUAAUGGUGAAGGGUUUUGUAAUAAAGAACAAAUGUCAAACCUGUGCGACAAUCGUGCGGUGCAUUUGUUCUGGGAUUUGUAUCAUCCAUCUCAGGCUGCUACCAAUUUUUCAGCCGCAACUCUUCUUUAUGGAGAAAGGCCAUUCGUCAGCCCCGUCAACUUCAGCACUUUGGCGGGGCUUAAAGCGUAACUAUGGACACUAGCCCGGAAAAAUGAUUCCGUGGAAACACAUAAAAAUUAAUGAAGUCAUAAAUAAAAGUAACUACAAGCAUCGCUUCAUAAUUAUUCUCUAUAUACGCGGUUUUAUAUUGUGAAAUCGUUGUACGAUUGGCUCAUUACAACAUUAUCAAAUACAUCUUUUUCUUUA